GCUGAGCUGGGCACUGCGCGGGGGCGCACCGCUCGGGGGACCCAGGCCCCGCCACCUUCCCUCCGCCCCCGGGCUCUGUUCUCACUUUUGAGCAGUGGAAGGACGGAAGCAGGAGCCAUGCAGUCGGAAUCGGGGAUCGUGCCGGAUUUCGAAGUCGGGGAGGAGUUUCACGAAGAGCCCAAAACCUAUUACGAACUCAAAAGUCAACCUCUGAAGAGCAGCAGUUCCGAGGAGCAUCCUGGGGCCUCCAAGCCUCCGAUAAGCUCCUCCAGUAUGACAUCACGCAUCUUGCUACGCCAGCAACUCAUGCGUGAGCAAAUGCAGGAGCAGGAGCGAAGGGAGCAGCAACAGAAGCUGCAGGCCGCCCAGUUCAUGCAGCAGAGAGUGCCUGUGAGUCCGACCCCAGCCAUAAACGUCAGCGUGCCCACCACCCUUCCCUCUGCCACCCAGGUGCCGAUGGAAGUCCUUAAGGUGCAGACCCACCUCGAAAACCCCACCAAGUACCACAUACAGCAAGCCCAAAGGCAGCAGCCUGGCGAUCAUGUCAUGCCACCAGUGCCGGGGAGCAGCGCACCCAACAGCCCCAUGGCUAUGCUCACACUUAACUCCAACUGUGAAAAAGAGGGAUUUUAUAAGUUUGAAGAGCAAAACAGGGCGGAAAGCGAAUGUCCAACUAUGAACACACAUUCACGAGCAUCGUGCAUGCAGAUGGAUGAUGUGAUCGAUGACAUCAUUAGCCUAGAAUCAAGUUAUAAUGAAGAAAUCCUGGGAUUGAUGGAUCCUGCUUUGCAAAUGGCAAAUACGUUACCUGUCUCUGGAAAUCUGAUUGACCUUUAUGGCAACCAAGGCCUGCCGCCCCCAGGCCUCACCAUCAGCAACUCCUGUCCGGCCAACCUUCCCAACAUAAAAAGGGAGCUCACAGCGUGUAUUUUUCCCACAGAAUCUGAAGCGAGAGCAUUGGCUAAAGAGAGGCAAAAAAAGGACAAUCACAACUUGAUUGAACGAAGAAGACGAUUUAACAUAAAUGACCGCAUUAAGGAACUAGGUACUUUGAUUCCCAAGUCAAAUGAUCC